GGCGGGGGCGCCCCACCCGACCCGGCACUCCUGGCUCCGGCGGGGACGCGGCCUCGGAGCGGCGCCGGUGCCGGCGGCGGGCGGCCCAUGGGAGUGGGCGGCGCGGCGUGAGCCGGACGCGAGGUAGCAGGGGCCGCCAUGGAGGUGUGCGAGAGCGGCGAGCAGCCGCCGCUGCUGCACUGGGAUCGCAAGCUGAGCGAGCUGUGCGAGCCCGCCGACCCUGACACCCUGCUGGGCCACACGCACUUCACAGAGUUCCUGGAUGAGUUCUCAACAGAUGUCCUAGGCCAGCUCUUGAACGAUCCUUUCUUGUCUGAGAAGAAUGAAGUGAUGGAGGUGGAACUGUCUCCGGCAUCCCCAGCGCCCCUCAUCCAGGCUGAACACAGCUACUCCUUGUGCGGGGAUUCCCGGCCCCAGUCACCCCUGACCCACAUCUCAACUGAUGACAACUUCAAUGAAGGUGACCUGGAAAAUGAGGACUGGUGUCUGGGUUCAGAACUGACUCCAGCAGCAAUAAAGACUGAGCCAGCGUUGUGCGAGACAUCAGGCCUUACUCCCUCUGUCAGUCUCACUGUCACUGCCACAUCGCUGGAGGGGGAGCAAGCUGAGCUGCAUACUGAUGCUCUGAUGAAACCACUGAGCCAGAAAGCUCUUCCAGAGAUUAAAUUGGAGCCUCAUGAAGUGGAUCAGUUUCUGAACCUCUCUUCUAAGGAAGCAGUUGAUCCCCUGCAUUUGCCUCCAACCCCUCCCAGCAGUCAUGGCAGUGACUCUGAGGGAGGGCAGAGCCCAGCUAGAUCUCUCCCUCCUUCAAGCCCAAUCCAGCUGCAAGCCACAGCUAAAGUGGCGUCACGCACAGCUUCAGCGCUCUCCAAUUCCCCUCUCCUGACUGCGCCACAUAAAUUGCAGGGGACUGGCCCACUCAUCCUGACAGAGGAGGAGAAGAGGACGCUGAUAGCAGAGGGGUACCCAAUCCCUACCAAACUGCCCCUGACAAAAGCAGAGGAGAAAGUGCUGAAGAAAAUCCGCAGAAAAAUAAAGAACAAGAUCUCUGCCCAGGAAAGCAGAAGAAAAAAGAAGGAAUACAUGGACAGUCUGGAAAAAAAAGUUGAGAACUGUUCGAAUGAAAAUAGUGAGCUACGUAAGAAGGUUGAAGUCCUGGAAAGUACCAACAGAACACUUCUGCAGCAGCUGCAGAGACUUCAGGCCAUGGUUGCUGGGAAGGUGUCCCGUUCUUGUAAGGCAGCUAGCACACAGACAGGGACCUGUCUUAUGAUGGUGGUGCUGUGCUUUGCAGUUGUUUUUGGCAGCGUCUCUCAGAGUUAUGGACCAUAUCCUUCUGCAACAAAGAUGGUGUUGCCCAGGCAGCAUUCCUCACCAGAGUCCUACACAGACUCCAUUGUGAGGUCACGGAGUCUGCUAAUUUAUGAGGAGCCUCACCAACUGGAGGAUUCGUCAAGCCCGAUCUCAUCUGCAGAUCGAAACGACAGGCAUGCAGACACCCCCAAGUACGCGGCACUAGCUCUGGAAGCUGUGCCGGUGAUGCAGCAGGAUGAUAUCAUGGAGUUCACAAUAGCCAACGAGACGCGGCUAGAGAAAUCGGUGCUGCUGGGCCUGCAGCAGCACAGAGUCAACUCUGAAAUAGAAGGAAAUGAAACACUGAAGAUAAUUGAAAUAGAUAGAAGAGUCAAUGCCACCUCUUAAAAAUAAAAAGGCCUUUUUUCUUGACUUCCCUCUUUCCCAGAUAUUUUCAACCAAAGUCCCCCUGACUUGUCAUCCUCAGUGAACCAAAGCACAAAAGAGGGAGUUGACCAAAUUCUGCAUUGACUGGUGAGACUGUGACUGCAGAUGGAAUCUCUUGUCUUGUGACUCCCUUCCUUACUUCACACAAUCCCUAUAUUUGCUUUUAUUUCUCUCCUGUCUGAUAAUACAAGGGCAGGGUUGAAUUAUGAUUACAGAUGAUACCAGCAGUGUGCUGAUGAUUGAUCUGUGUACGUGUGUCAGUGCUUGCAUGUAUACAUCGUCAUCUGUGCAUAAAGUCAUUGGGUAGAAGAGUGGAAUUUACAAAACUGAUGGGAGCAAGUGGUUGAUGGGUUUCUUGGGAGAAGGUAACUGAGAGAAUUAGGAGAAGCAGCAUGAUGCUGCUCAUGCUUUAGUCACGGUUCCAUUUCCACUGGUCUGUAGCACUUGAGCCUUUGUGGGAGGAGUGAGAAGCAUGUGCUUCAUCUGCCUUUGAAGGCACAAGAAGGGGCCCCAAUACUAUUUUGUUAACAGCGCAGGCAGGAGAGGUAUGGACAGUGAUGGUGCUGAAUCAUCCUCCCCUACAUCUUUCUCUCUUCUCCUCACCAGCUCCUGUGUCAUUUAGUGGAACAGCUUUCUCUCUGCAAUGGAAGCAAACCUGGUAGAUGUCCCUACUGCUUCUACCCUUGUGGAAUUCAAGCAAAGAUCAGUCACUGUCUUGUCACACUGUGUGGGAGAAACAGAGUAAUUUAACUGACUCUGUUUAGAAAGCAGGUUUUGUUAACUUCAGGCAGUGUUUUGGGUGGGUGUUCCUUAGUCUGCUUAAGGCUAAUCUGUUUAGUUCGGAUCCAUUCCUCCCCAACAAACUAAAUCAAUGUUAAGUCUUAAACCAGAAGUGCCUCCUGAGAGGACCAUAUAGAUUUUAUUUAUUGGCUUCUAGUUGCAUUGAUGGAAUUUCUCAUGUAGAACAAGUCUUGUGUUUUCCUUUUUUUUUUUUUUUUUUGCCAUCUUCCUGUUACUGUUGUAAAUAGUAUUUAUUAGCUUUGCAAGAUUUUGUUCAAGGAGUUAUAUUGGAUUAACCUUCUCUAACCCUGCAAGUGAUCUUGGCAAGUUCUGAAAUUGGACAUACAAAUAUCACCGACCAUCCAUUCCUUCCCCUCCAAGCUUGACUUGCCCUAAAAAGUCAUGGGCCUCCUCUUCUUCGUAUGUCCUUUUCCAGAGAUGAGAUCUUAGACCAACUGUUUAGCCAAAUUAGAUGCAUACGAUUCAGGCCUGGAGGUGGUUAGGUGCUGUAUUAAUGUUUAGCAAGGCAGUCCCCGACCUGAACGGUUGGUAUGUAGGCAGCAGACAAGGCAAAGGAGGAAUGAGGCAGGCACGAAGGGAGGUGAAGUGACUGGCCCAAAGUGUAGAGGAAAAACUAAGAACCAUAUUCAAAUCUGAUCCUAGUCCAGUCCACUUCUUACUUUGCUGUGUUUCCUUCUUCUCCCAUGUAGCUGUCGCCUAAGGCUUGUCCUUCUAUUGGUACCCUGCUCAUGCCUUUGCCUGAGUUCUGCUUCUUGGAAUUUGUCCUUGGAGUGGCACAGCCAAUUCUAGCCCGUGAUUUGAGCAGGGAUUGCUCUUAUUGCUACAGAAUGGCACUCAGAUUUCAUUGGGGAUGAAUUUAAUGUGAAAAUCUUAAUUCAGCAGACUGGCAUAGCUAUUUUACAGUUCAACGUAAGUCAAUUUAAAAAAAAAAAAAACAGCAAAAUAAUUUUGUCGCUCUUUUUUUCUUUCUUUUUCCCUCAUGAUAAAUAAGGGAAAAACUAACUUAGCCUUACAAGUAAUUUUUUACUAUGUACAGUAGAUAUUUCCUGCAAGUAUUCUAUUUUGUAAAAUAUUGGAUUUGUAUUUUAUUGUAGCAGCUGCCAUACCUGCCCCUUUCUUUUUCUUUAUUCUCUAUAGACUUUCUUUCUUUGGCGUCCUAUAUGCUACCUGCUCUUAGGCCUAACUCAAAGCUCAAUGAAAGAAAUGGGAAGAGUUUGGUAGAUAACAGUGGGCUUUAGUUCAGCCCCCACUGUGCCAUUUUAAGGAGGUAUUUCACCUUAGUGAGAGUGAAAUGUGUGCCUGACUCCAUGAGCUAAUAGUGGGUGUUGGUGUACAGAUGUACUUUUUGCUUUAUGUCCUAUUCAUCUAUGCAAGUGCCUUUUUACUAUUUUACCUUUGGUAGAAAUGGGAGAAGAAUGCCUUUGUUGACCGUUUUGCAAGAAUUUCCUUCCUGGUGUGGAUCAGUGACCCCUUAAAUCUUCUUUCCCUUCACAACAAUCUUGUUUGGUCCUCUGCAUCAUUCCACUAUCCCACAAUUGCUUUUGGAUGUUUUUCUAGAGCAGUGAUAUAAGGCUCCACCUAAAUAGCAAAUAAUACUGGAGGGUGCUACUGAAGGUGUCACAAGGGAUGGCUGCAUAUUUCAGCCACAUGAGGUCAGCAAAGUGUCAUAGAAUCAUGGAAUGGUUUGGGUUGGAAAAGACCUUGAAGAUCAUCUAGUUCCAACCCCCUGCUAUAGGCAGGGACACCUCUCUCUAGAGCAGGUUGCUCACAGCCCCAUCCAGCCUGGCCUUGAAUGCCACCAGAGAGGGGGCAUCCACAGCCUCACUGGGCAACCUGUUCCAGUGCCUUGCCACCCUCACAGGGGUGUCAGGAGAAAGCUGGGACUGACCAUUCCACUAUGAUACGGCUGGCCCACAUAAGUGGGCAUGGUCAUAGCUUAGAACAUUCUUUAAGUGAUCUUUUUGUUUCAGAGCAUACACAGUGAAUACUUAAGGCUUCUGCAAAGGGGCAUCAAAAUGUCAAGUACAGUACUGCUUUUAAUUGGGUUGCAGUUUGCACUGUGCAUGAACAGAAGGCCAAACUGCCUGAGCUCAUGCCCACUGCCAGCUAAAUGGAUCACCUCCCAUUGCAGAUACUGCUGACUUCAUUGUAUUGAAAUCAAAAUUGAAUUCUUUCCCAAUGUAUCAAAGACAAACAAUUUUGCAAUACCCAAGUAACCUCCUUCUCUGAGACCUGCAGUAAUCUCUACUGAUGCUUUGCCUUCUUAUUUGCUUAGUUUGGACCUAUCAAUUCAAAUUUUAUUGGGAGGUAGUCAUGUUUUCAUCUGAAACGUUUUAAAUUGGCCAUGUUCAGGGCCAGACCCCACUGAACUAAUACAUCUGAACCAGUCUGGCAAUGCUGAUUUUAACUGUUGAAUAAUGUACUUCUAUAAUCUUCACCUGUCUCAUCCUUCAAAUGAUUUUUAAGUACUCUUGGGAAUCUCUUGAGCUAGCACACACAUCGUUUGUGGGUUUUAUUAUUAAAUACAAUUUCUUUAUGAUAAGGAAGUCCUUUGCUUUACUUUGGUUUGCUUGUGACCAUUUUUCUUCAGGGGCCUAAAUUGACCAGAUUUCUCUUUCAGAGAGUAGGAGCCAAGCACCUCCCUUCAUCACCCUCCCUUGGGCUGGUAUGUGACAAGGACCCGCUGCCCCUGGGGUGAGCAGUGGCCGUGCCCUACCAAGGGGCAGGGGAGAUCCAAGGGGCAGGCCCACUGAGAUCCAAGGGGAAAUGUUGUUGCAGAGGAAGCUGCAUGUGCUAAGGACAUUGGGAAGAAGCAGUAAGGGGUGUUCAGGGAGGAUGCCAGCGCAUAUAACGAUCUCAGCCAUAUUAGUUGAGUCUGUAGCCUAGCAGUACUCCUUUUGCAGCAGUCAGUGACAUUGGAUGACAUGUGUGUAUGGACAGGGCAGGCAGGGGCCUUGUGCUACCUGAUGUCCACUUCCAUUAGAGGACUUAAGCAAUCCUUAGAGUCUUCAACUGUAACUUUGUGCUGUUUGACAUCAUGGUUAUGUGCUAGUAAACUUCACUUUUGGCCCACAGAGUUAAAGCAUGCCCAGAUCUGUCAGUUCUUUGCUUCUAGGGAGAUAAGCUACGAAGGAAUUAGGGCAUUAUUUUAUAUAUAUAUAUACAUAUUUAAGAAGUAUUAAGCACAGGGCAUGUGACAAUUCUAACCUUGUUACCCGUAUGUAGAUAAUGUUGGUGUGGAGUUUUUUGUUUUGUUGUUUGUUUUGCCAGGCUAUUUAUAGUUCUUUGCAGUAUUUUCUUCUCACCAUUCAAUGUUUUCCAGCAGCACGGACUAAUAUUGGAUUAGGCUGAGGUUCUGAGGCCAGCUCCUGGCUGAUGCAGCACAGCUUCUCACUCACUGCUUCCAGGCACUGCAGGUUGACCCAUGCUGGCAGGAGAGCUCUUCCAUAACUCUCUGUACAACAGCGUAUCCCAAUGCAAGCUUAUUCUUGAUUUCUUUAAGGUAGAGCUGAGAAAGAGUCCAAAAACUUUCCUUCUCUUGCACUCCCUGCUGAAAUCCCCACCUCUGCCCCCAUCCCCCAAACCAUCAGGGGUGAGUUCUGUCUGGCGCAUUUAGCAUGUGGGUCAAGUAAAUGAAUGAAACUAAUUGCUACACUGGGAGGGAAUUCCUCUGGGUAUUUGGGCUCUAGAUUUUAGCUAAUGCCAAGAGUCCAUUGUACAAAACUCAAGCAGCUAAGAACAGAAGAAUACGGAGUAUUUUUAUACUCGGGUGACUAAAAUAUUUCUUUCUCAAGUCAUUAAUUAGAAAGGGAACGUUUUGUAUUUUGAAGGUGAAAUAGUAGGUCAGUACUUUUAACUAUGAAAGUGAUAGUAGCCUAUAUAAGUAGCAUUGUGCUAUGGUGCUGCUGCUUUGCGCUGUAUUGUUGAGGAUAAACAGCUUUGGGUGUUGUAGAGGUGCCUGAACUGGCUCACGUGCUAAAGGCUUUAUAAAUAAGAGGUAAGGAUUCGGUCAGUGGGCCAGGAGAGUGUACUUUCCCUACAGUCUACAAAUCAGCAGUGGGCAUCAAGGGUAUGAUCCCAGUUAACACUGCAUUGCUAAGAUCAGCGUCCACUGGAGACUGCAGAAUUUAGAGGGGAAUUGCCACCUGUUUUUGUGAUUAUCAUGUCAGGCCUGAAUUGAUUUUGUGUAUAGAAAGGAGUGCAUCUUGCAAAAAAACUCAUUUGUGAUGCAGACAAGUUAUUACUAGUAGUCUCUGCUCUACCCUAAAGCCCAUCUCUGUACUUUUUCCCCAAGAGCUGGAACUGUAUAGGUAAGAAUAAAAGAUGGGAAAGCUGGACUUCCUAGAGAAACCUCCUAGUUCCUAAUUCCUUAAAUCAGCAAUGAUAGUGUUUUCCAUUAGUUCCCACCUUGAUUUCUCUUUACUUUUCCCCUUGCUCUUUGAUGAUGCAUAGUCCUGUUGAUAUAAAAGGAAUGCAUACCUGACCCUUACUGUGUAUGCCACCUUCCCUUCCAACCUGUAGGCAAAAAUCCUUCUGCACUUCAACAGCCCGUAAUUAAGGGAGUGGAAAGGAGAGGGGGAAGCAGAGGCAGUGGUCGAUUUUUUUUCAAAUAGAACUCUGUUUGUACUUGACUGACAAUUCCAGUUCGCUGGUGCUGAAGUAAUGGCAUCUUGCUUUCUUCAUGUGCCCCGUCGGCAAGAAUGAGUGCUUGUGUGUCUGUGCACGUGUGCAUGGUGAGCAAUUAAAAAAAAAAAAACAAAACCACAAAUGCAGAGUUAUUUUCUUAAUGUAGUAAGUGUACUUCUAUAAAGGCAUCUACCUGAGCGCCCCAGGCACAUUCCUCUUGGUGCAGCAGAAAGCCCAGGUGCUUCUCUCUGACCGCCCACAUUCCACACCGUGAGCACUCGUAAGUCCAAAUCUGUCAUAUGGAUCACUGUACGAUUUCUGUCCUGUUAGCAAAUGUCAACUGAGAGCUGUUAAACCGUGUCCUUUUGUGUGUGUGCAUAGACUGGCAGAUCUGUAGGACAACUCUUUGGUACAAAAAAAACGCAUUACUGUAUCUAGUCUUCAGAUGUCAUUUUUGUUGUGCAGAAUUAUGUUUUCAGAUGCUUUCUUCUCAAUGUUAUACAUUGGCCUUUAAAAAUGGCCUUAAAAAAGGGAGGAUGGAGAGCUGGGAGGACCCACGGAGGACCUGGCGUACCACUGCCCGCAGCACCAUGGUCUCUGCAAGGGCCGUGCCAUGGUAGGAGCACAUUGCAGCUCCAGUGAGAUUUUGCUGGACCUUCUGAAGGGCAAAUUACCUGAUGUUACUCUUUGGAGAGAAACAGAGGCCAAACUCAUUGCCUGGGGCCAUGAGAAACAAUACCGCAUGACUCUGAGUCAUUCUGCCUGUGACACCCCGAAAGAGUUUCAGCUGAUCUUUUCCUUUCCCUCUGUGCAUGUGGAUACUGUAUGAAUUUGUGCAAACACUUAAAACUAUCCUAGAUAAAGAGAACAGUGAUACUAGCUCAGAAGCAUCUCCCAGAUUCCUUGGUAAACUGCAUUGUAGCCUCUCCUGGCUGCAGAAAUCUCCAUUCUUUUGCCAAAAGCCUGUUUCACUCUAUGUAUGUGUGCUCGAUGGCCUCUCCAUUUUUGUACCAGCACUGUCACCUGGGUGCAUUCCCACCUGAUUGUUCACCUGCAACCGUGUCCACUGGGCGUAAAGAAGUUGCUGUUUUUCCUCCUAAACUGUCGGCUUGGUUCUACAAGAGAACAGAUUACCUGCCUUUGUAGCCUAAACAUGUAUGUAUGUAGCUAAGUAUGUUAUGCUUUUCAUUUCUUUCAAAUAAAUAUUUUCUGUAGAAAAA